UUGCUUGAGAUAGAGACCUUUCCUUUGUAUAAUCUUUUCUAUGUUCUCUCUUGGACGUCUUCACCUACUUUCAAUCCACAUAUAUAGCUCCAUAUGAACAAUCUUUCAUCUAUUCCAACGAACCUCACAUCUGCUCUUAUUCUUCAUAAUUCACUUAUAAGGCUUCCCCAUAGAAAUCAAAAUCUAGAGAUAAUCACAAAGAUGACAGAGAGCGACGGCAAGGAAAUCGGUUAUGAUCUGGUGAUGGCUCUGUUAUCUUCUUCCGUGAUCAUUCUUGGGAUCCUCCUGGCUAUAUCGUGCAAGAAGAAGCCGGUUGAAUCCGAAGAAGCACUUCCGCUAAAGGUUUGCGCGCGGGCAUACCCUUUAACCGAUAUUGAUUCUGCUACAGAUGGUUUCAACCCCACAAGAAUGAUUGGCUUGGGACGGGUUGGGACGGUUUAUGCUGCCGCGCUAGCCGGAGGCGAACUCGUCGCCGUGAAGAGGAUUCAUCCGGGCCUCGUCUUGAGCCAUGCAGGCUUCGGGUUCUCGUCCGUGAUCAAGACAAUCUCUUUGGCUUUACACCCGAACAUAGUCCCAAUCAUCGGGUUUUCACAAGCGCCGGGAGAGAGAAUCUUGGUAACUGAGUUUGUUAGCUUAGGGUGCUUGGAAUUCUAUUUACAUCAUAACCCGGAUGGGGCAUCUCUUCUGGAUUGGACCCGGCGGGUGCGAAUCGCGGCCGGGGCUGCUCGGGGACUCCAGUACUUGCACGAGGGCAUGGUGCCUAACAUAGUACACGGUUGCGUCAAGGCCUCCAACAUCUUGAUCGACGCCAAUUUCUGCGCUAGGGUCUCCGAUUAUGGCUUGGCAUUCUUGGCGCCGCGGGAGAGGAAAGGCCUUGUCGGGUUUGUGGAUGAAGAGUAUUGGAGUGAGAGAGGCGGUUCAUUCUUGGCUUGCAAAGAGACUGAUGUCUAUGGAUUUGGGGUGGUUUUGUUGGAGAUUCUGAGCGGGAGGAGGUGCGAAGAAGGCUUGCUUGUGAAGUGGGCAAUGCCUUUGAUUAAGGACAUGAGGUUUAGUGAGCUCUUUGAUCCUAGGCUUAUGAUUCCAAGUGACAUGAAGCCUCUGGUGAGGCUGGCAAGAGUUGCACUGGCUUGUGUGGGCAAUUCAAGAAAGAACAGGCCUUCCAUCGCGCAGGUCGCAGCGAUUUUGAACAGUUUGGAGAUGGAGAUUUGUUCUUGAUUGUCCCUACGCGUCUCUGCGAUCAACGAAGAGAGAGAUUUCGUACCACAGGACGAUCACACGAGUCUUGAAUUGCGAAAUCGCUCGCAAAUUAUGGAAGGCGGUUUUGCUCCAAGCAUGAACAAAGAGAAGCUGCCGAUGCAAAAGGCUCCACAUGAUCCAGCGGUCACGGGGUUUUCGAUCGGGUUUCGAUCGGGCACAUGUGUUCGAUCCUCGUGACGAUCGAUAGUUUGCGUCGAACCUUUUCUGGUGAUGGAAAUUGCUUCUUCUGGCGAACAAUGAGAAGUUGCCGCAUUCCAAGUAGGACGGGCCGGCAAGAAACUGGAAAUUAUGAUGAUUUCACCUCUUCGUUACGGAGUCUGUUUUGACUUUCAAUAGUCCCUGGAAAAAUCCAUCCAUAUUAAACUGCGUUCGGGUGUACGAGAGCAAAAAAUUUGAAAAGAACAAGGUUGGCUCAUGUGAGCUCACGAUAUCUUUAUCAAUUUCGAAUGAGAUCACUAACUCGAUUUGAUGAUCGAAAUGCAUCGGAUCUACAUGAAUCGAGCUCAUUCAGAAGACGUCGAUCCCGCGAAAGGUAUUUUUUUCCUCCCCGGAAAUUACUUUUUUAAUAGUUUGGUAUGAAUCGUGAAGUGGAAAAAGGUCCAAAGGACGGUGCGUUGGGUGGGUUGAACAAUUUGCUUUCGUGUGGAAUGGAGGCAUCCUUUUGAGGGAGUGAAAGGGACGCAUCCAUAGAAUUUUCUUGGUGGAUCAAUCGCAAUUCUUACUUGCUUUUGCGGUGUGCGCGAUGUUUUUGAACGUGUGCUGCUGGAUUUCUAUAUCGACUAGCUAUGGAGAACAUUGUAAAAUAGCCAGCCUCGGGAAAACGACCAAAUCGAUUGAUACACGCAUUCCUUUAUGUGUGCAUCCAAAUUCUUGAUUGCAACGUUGGAUGUAUCGAAGAAUAGUAUUUUGACUAUUCUAAGUGCUGCAAAUGAAAAGCAAAUAUUCGUUUUGUAAUAAUUAUAUAUUUAGUGUCGAAACAGUAUUGGCUUCUUACAAUUAUAAAUAUUAUGAAUAUUAUUGGGAGGUUUAA